AUGGUGGAAAUGAAGCCUUGCAGCACCAGCGCUGACCCUGGACCCAAUCCUGCCAUGCGCCCUCAACUACACCUAGACCAGCCUGCUCAACACAACCUGGAAGGGCCUAUCCAGGACUCUAUUUGGCCAGGACAGCCUGAGUUCUCCCCCACCUGCCCGCUUGUGUCCCCUCUCUUGGACAUGCCCCGGGACCUCAUAGUCAUCCAGCCAGAAUCCUUGAGUGCUUCGGUAAGAGACAGCGAGGGCUUGGAAUACGCCUCUCCCUCAGGGAUGCCAUGGAUGAACGCUCCAGAUGGCCUGGACCCAGAACUUGAUCUCUCAUCUUCUUCACUAGAUGGCUCGAGUCCUUCAGCCUCUCCUGGUGCAGAAAGUUAUGCUCCGUGGUCCACCUGGAGUCUCCAAGGCAGUAUGCUGGAUCCGCUUCCAGACUCACCACUGCAGCCUCUCCCUCCAUCUCCUCCUCCCAGUCCCCAAGAGCAGCACCCUCUGAGUCCCGUGAGACCUACUCGCCCUCCAUACAGGGCUAGGAGACGCCUCCUCUUCUAG